AUGCUAAGCCCCAGCGUUUUGCUGCCGGGUUUUCGAUCUAUUUCCACGGCAUGUGGAACAGUAUCAGUUGGUGGUGUUCAAGUGCUACUGCGACGGCCUUUGGAGGAACCUCGCCGCCCUCUCGUGCCCUGCGGAUUUCUUGCGCAGCUGCCCCUUGCGCUGCGACCCGCACUGAAAUGGCUAGCGCAGAAGGACUCACUGUCGCAGGACAUGCUUCUACUGACUUCGCCAGCUGAGCGCACUCGAGCACGUCUCCUGGCCCUCGCCUAUGCAGAGCUGGUCAAUGCCCAGCUUGAGUACGUAGGUAUCUCCGCAGACACAACAGAGGCAGACCUCAAGCAGCGACGAGAGAUCCUCAGCGGUGGAAGUGUGGCCUUUUCAGAUGCGCCUCCUGUGAGAGCAGCGCUGGAGGGAAGUAUUUUGGUGCUUGAUGGCUUAGAACGGGCAGAAAGGAACGUUCUUCCGACUUUGAAUAAUCUGCUGGAGAACAGAGAAAUCAAUGCUUGCAGCACCAGCCGCCUUGCUGCCGUUCACCAGAACUUUCGUGUCGUGGCCCUGGCUUCACCUUGUCCACCGUUCGAUGGUCGAGCUCUCGACCCACCGCUGCGUUCACGCUUUCAGUCGCUUUUAAUUCCCUCUGCUCCAGUGGAAGAGUUGGCAUCUUCGUUGAGGGGCUCAGUCGCUGCCGAUGCCGGAAGCGUCGUCAUGGCUGCAGAAGCGAUCAUGGAGCUGGAGCGACAGUCCAUCCACCACAACACAUCUUUUUUCUCCUUCUCAAGCAGCGCCUUGCAGAGAUAUUGCAGACGGCUCAAGCAAGCGCCUGCUGAUACUCUGCACAUUCUGCAGCGGGUCUAUCCCCCUCUCGAGUAUGGCGAACUGUCACCGCUCGCCGCUUCGCAAGUCAAGCAGGCCUUGCUGCAGCUGGGUAUGGACGCGAAUGUUCGCGAAUUUGGCAGCGAAGGCACGCAAGCUGACUUGGCCGCCGGCAACAAUAUUUUGCUUGUGGCCCGUCGUGGUGCCGGCAAAAGUGCUUUCAUUCGGUCAUUGCAACUGGAGUCCUGGCAGACAUUCAAUCUUCACCGAGAUCUGACUGCCAGAGAUCUGCUCCAGCGGCGAGUGACAGAUGAAGUCUCAGGAGAAUCCGCAUGGGCAGACCAACCAGUUGCCAGUGCAGCACGCACAGGAGAGGUCGUGGUUCUGGAUGGGAUCCAUCGGCUUCCAGCCGGUGCGCUCGUUGCUGCUUUCGGUAGGCUUUGUUCAGAGCGUGAGCUGGAUUUGCCAGAUGGAACACGCCUGGUGGAGAAUGCAAGCGAGGGCGAGGCCACGGUUGGAGACAGUUUCAGGCUGGUGGCACUUGCAGAACCCGGCAGUUGGCUGAGUCCCGAAAUUUCUGCCCUCUUCUCUACACACUUCCUACCGGAGAUGACGCCUGCGGAGAUUGGUGAAGCUCUGCCAUUGCUUGUGCCGGCAGCAACACCCAGACUGUGCCAGGACAUUGUGUGUGUGACCUCUGCAGCGCUGGAGACACAAUCUGACACAUCUUUCUCCGAAAGAGAACGGGAUCUGAUGAGGUUAUCUCCCCGUGUUCUUCUGCGAAUAGUGCGCCAUGCGGCGGUCAGUCCUGACGGUUCCCUGCCCAAGAUCGUGCAAAACGCAAUGAUGUCCCGCUUCUGGCCAGUGCGGCUUCGAGAGGCUAUGGAAGGAUGGCUGAAACCAGUCGAACGAGAGUUGGCUCUGGACACGACAAAGCACGGAAUCCAGAGAGGCGUCAGUGGCGUCGAUGACGAUGCCCUGCUGGUUGACUUGCAACUCACACAGCGCUCGCCGCAAAGGCCCGAACUGGUUCCUGCUCCGCGAAGCUUCUUCAGCAGUCCUGCAGCUGUGAGCGCAGUUCGGGCAAUUCUGAUGUGUGAAGAGGCCGGAGAGCAUGCAGUGCUACUGCUGGGGAACCAAGGCGUUGGAAAGAACGUGGCUGCCGACCGGGCGCUGCAGUUGCUUCAGGCGGAGCGUGAGUAUGUGCAAUUACACCGCGACACAACAGUAAGUUCUCUAACAGUGCGACCAGUGCUGCAGAAUGGCCGCUUGCGUUACGAAGAUGCUCCACUGGUGCGAGCUGCGAAGCAUGGAAGGGUUUGUGUGCUGGACGAAGCUGACAAAGCGCCAAUCGAAGUGGUGAUAAUUCUGAAAGCGCUCGUGGAGGAUGGAGAACUGCUCUUGGGAGACGGGCGCCGACUGUGCCGGAAACGAAAUCGCCCGUCCGACAUUUUGAUCCAUCCAGAUUUCCGGUUAUGGGUUUUGGCCAAUCGUCCUGGCUUCCCUUUUCAUGGAAAUCACUUUUUCCGCGAAUGCGGUGACGUCUUCGCGGCAGUAGUACUGGACAAUCCGGACAUUUUCUCAGAGACGGCUCUUCUCCACCACAUAGCUCCCACGUACCCCAAGCGGCAGAUCCUGGACAAGCUGGCUCUGGCUUUUUCGGAACUCAGGAAGCUGGCGGAGAGCACUGCGAUCUCCUACCCCUACUCGAUGCGAGAGGCUAUAGCAGUGGCACGGCAUUUGGAGAAGUUUCCGAAGGAGUCUGUGGCUGACGCAUUGAGCAACGUGCUCACCUACGAAGCGUUUGACCCUCCACUGCUAAGGCAGCUCCUGCGUGUCUUCGAUUCGCAGGGUCUCCGAGUAGAGGAAUUGAAAGCUGUCUUCAAUACCGUCUCGGGUGACAAAGGCAGCCGCUCGCUGAAAGCAGCCAAUAUUGAAAUUAGGUACUACCCUGCACACGGAGGAGGUCCUAGCACACCGCGGACGCAAGCUCACGAGCCGAAACAUGGGGAGGUUGAUCCCACUGGCGCUCCGCACGUUGGAGGCAACCGCUGGGCCGGAGGUAGUGGUGGAUCGGACACAGCAGGUUUGGGAGGCCGUGGAGGACCAUACCGCUUGUGGGAUGGAAAUCCAGUUUUCCAGGUGGAUGAUGCUUUGAAAGAGGUCAGCUCGGAGUCCAAAACCAAAGCCAGAGAAUUGGCCCGGCAGGCAUGGCAAAGCCGCUUGACAGAAAUUGAGAAGAUGGACCCGAAUAUGUGGGCUCUAUAUGAAGACAUUCUCCUCAACGUCGAACCUCAAGUGGCACAGUUGCGGGCUAUAUUCCGAGAUGCCAAGGACAAGAAGACAGAGCGUGUUUGGAGGAGAAAUUGCUCAGAUGGUGAACUGGAUGACACACGAUUGGUGGAGGGCAUUGCAGGAGAACGCAGUGUCUACAAGAAACGUGGAGAAGCUGAAGUACGAAACCAGCCCGGCGAAAAUACUAGAAGGCAGAAGCGACGCCUGUGCUUCGUCAUGGACUGCUCUGGCUCAAUGUAUCGCUUCAACAGUUUGGACGGGCGGCUGAACCGAAUGCUGGAAGCUACGUGCCUGAUUCUGGAAAGUAUGGAGGGCCACACGAACAACUUUGACUAUGCGAUACUGGGCCACUCUGGAGAGAGUGCUCAUAUCCCCUUUGUAUCCUUCGGACAGCCGCCAGCCAAUCGCGGGGAGCGGCUUAAGAUCCUCCAGAAGAUGCUGGCACACAGCCAGUUCUGCUUCCCGGGGGACCACACCAUCGAGGCGACAGAUGCAGCCAUAGACUACGUGCUUCAAGACUUUUCUGUGGAGCCGGAGCACCAAAAGCAGGCCUUUGUCGUCGUCAUCUCUGAUGCCAACUUCAGGCGUUACGGUAUGGACCCUCUCUGGUGGAGCAACUCACUGCGACGAAGCUCUCGAGUGGACGGUCAUGCCGUUAUGAUCGGCUCCAUCGGUGAGGAGGCAUCGAAAAUUCGUGAUACCCUGCCACCUGGGCAAGGGCACGUGGUGUUGGACACGGCUUUGCUGCCAAGUGUUUUCAGGUUCCCAGACGUUACCACCUUGCUCUUUACCGAAUAUCUUUACUGUUUCUUGGACACUGUGGUGACCCAAGGCCGCGUUUGCCUCCUGGGGCUUGUAUCACCUUCGCUGGAUGAAGAAAAUACGAUUGGCGUGGCAGACAAGGUGGCAGGAGACAAAGAGGAUCAGAUUGGUGAUCCGAGCAAGGUUCAUGUUAAAGGACAGCAGUGGCAGACAACAUCGCUGCACCUUCGGAAGUUAGGUCGUGAUCUGAGGCUCACUGCGGUUUCCUUUAAUUCAGCAGCUAAUGCCUUUUCAAUCAGUGCCAAAUGGAAGCAAGCAUGCCAUCUGCUCGCGGACUGUGCGCGGAAUAGCUAUGAAAAGGACGCAGUCUUGUCCAACACCGUCAUUUCAGCCUUCGCAAGACGCUCACACUGGGUCCACGCUGGUGGGCUGCUGUCCUGGAUGACUGGAAGCUCAGUAAGAUGCACGCAGAUGACGCUGAGUGCUACAAUGAAUUCUUGCAGAAAUGGCUACAGGAAUGGUGCGAGACUAGAGCUUUGGCAAAGAGUAUUGGUGCUUCUGUCAGAGGCGCCGGCAUGCAGCGUCCAGCCGGAUGGAGUCAUGCACAGCUCAUGCAUAGGCGCAUGCGAGACGGAAAACCAAUGGCAGCAAGCCUUGGCCAGCGUGAUAUCGUUGCAACGAGGUCGAGUUCGGACACAAACAGUAAAUGCUUACAAUGCUGCCAUCAGCGCCUGCGAGAAGUGUUCCCAGUGGCAGCAGGCUUUGGCGUUGUUUGAGAUGUUGUCGAUGCAGAACGUGCAACCAGAUGUCAUCAGCUACAACUCAAUAAUCAGCACUUCAAAGGAUUGGACGUUGGCGAUGUUUUUCUUGCAGUCUCUUCUGCUGGGCAAGCUGCAGCCGACCCUCGUCACCUUCAACGCUGCCUUGUCUGCCUUCGGCGGUGGCGAGUGGAUGGAAGCCAUCUUGCUGCUCGAACAACUCCAGAGCCACCGCUUACUUCCAGACCUCAUCACCUUCCACACACUUCUGAGAGCCAGCUCUAAGACACAGUGGCAACAUGCCUUCUAUUGGCUGAGCGAACUGGAUGCACGGUAUUUGCAGAGAGACCUGAUCACACAUAGCGUGGUCAUCACGGCGUGUACUCAUGCCAACAGAUGGGAGAGGUCUCUGCUUCUCGGGUCGGAGGCACUUGCAAUGCCCUCUUGCGAUGCUCACACAUGCACCGAUUCCAUUGUGGCCUGUGAGCGCGGGGGCAGAUGGCAGUCAGCAUUGUGCUUGCUCGAGGGAUUAGUGAAUUUGGCCGUAGAAGGCGAUCCAGUUGCAUGCAAUGCUGCUAUGAGCGCCUGUGCAAGUCAAGGGGCUUGGCCACAAAGCUUGGCUGGCUUGCACGAGCUUGACCCUACGGAACCAGCAGCUCUGACUGCUUAUGAUAUAGCAGUCAUCGCAUGUCCGGCUCGGCCUGAUGAUGCCGGCUCUGACGAAGAGGACCCGGAGCUGUAUGAGCAGCUUUCCAAGCAACGCCGCCUAGUCAAACGUGCUGACACAGGCCAAGCCAAAAAGGGAGAAGCCGCAUUGACACAGGUUUCGGAGCGCAUCCAGGGCAUGGGCGGUGAGGAGGAGGAUGAGGUGAAGGAUCAGAAGGAAAAAGAACUACUGGGGCUAAAGAAAGAAGCAGACAGCAAUGUGGCAUUGACCGCCACAACAGAGUUCUGCAACGUGGUGCAGACUCCACUUGAAAAGAUCGAGACGUUGAAGCAUGAAAGCUUCCGGGGUUCCACGCUGUACAAGCAGCAGGCAACCCAGCGUAAGGGUGUUGCAGCCGGUGAGCGAAAAGCCCGAAAAGCGGGCCUGCCCGAGGAAGUCUUGGCUGCAACGAAAGAUGCAGAAGAAGACCUGGAACAGACGCUGAUCGAGGAGUCUCUUGACCUCAGCUGUGCCAGUGGGCUUGAGUACCUCCGGGCUCGAUCGCAGAUCGGCUGUGACCAGGACUCUCACAGGAUCCGCAAGUUGGACAAUCGCCCAUUGGAGAUGUCUACGGUCGAUGGUGACAUCAAGCUUGAAUAUCGAGACGAUUUCGGUAGGGUCCAGACGCCAAAGGAAGCCUUCCGCUCGAUUUCCUGGAAGUUCCACGGCAAGGUUCCUGGCCGAAAAAAUAUGGAACGGCGACUUCUUCGUCUGGAAAACGAGAUGAGAUUGAAGAGCAUGAAUGUCAUCGAAGCUCUUCCGACGCUCAGGGCACUGCGACAUGCGCAAACAGCUGAAGCCAAGCCGUACAUGGUCCUGAGUGGCGCCAACGAGAAGUGA